AUGAAUGAAACAUUAAAUUAUAUAAUUGCAAGAGCAAAUCAACUUCGAAAACCAGAGAAUGAAUGCGCAUUAAAACUCUUUCGAAAAAACAAGAAGAAAAAUGGGUCUAUGAAAGAGGAGAAUCGUUGUAAAACAAUGAUAUGCCAAAAGUGCCAAGACAAAAUGAAGAUUUGGGAAGAGAAAUAUUUGACAACAAUCCCUUGCCAGCACUGUGCCCAUUUAUAUACAACGAUAAGUCCACCUCCAGCCCUUAAAUUCCACAAAAUCAAAAAAGGAGGAAAAUCUGAAAUUGUGAUUUCAGAAGUUGAUAAUCCAAAAGUGGCCGACCAGGCAAAAGAAAAGAAUCCUGCCCCACUUCCAAAAGUGGAUGAUAUAAUAAUUCAUGAUUGCCAUAUUCAAGAUCUCGCUUCACUUGUUCAGGUUAAGUUCAAUCUACGCGACAUAUUUAGAGCGACGUAUGUGAUUUACACAAUAAUACAUAAUAUUCCGAAUUUCUUCGAAAGUCGAAUUGCGUAUUCUGACUUUAUAUUAGAAUCAAUUCAAAAAAUUGAUAUAUAUAUCAAAGAACAUGAAAAUUUCCUUGCAACUCUAGAAUGA